AGAGCCAGCAGGGUGACUGGGCAGCCCAGAUGCCCCUCUUGCACUUCCCUCGUGCAAGGGAGAUGCCUGGAGCUGCACCUCUGCUCUGUUGGCACAGGGAGGAUGGGGGGAUAUAAUCAGACAUAGCUGCGGGCUCUUUUGGCAUAAUAUGACAAGUUGGGUUACUCAAGCAGCCCUUGUGGGGUGGUUGCAUGGUUGGAGAGUCAGUGGAGGAUAGCGAAGAGGGUGAAGCCUGCUGUGCGAAUGCUGCCUCAUGGCCCAGUCUUGCUCCCUGUUGGCAUCGUCCCGAGGAAGACAAGCAUAACUCUCCUCACAACUUUCCUCAGCCUUGUCUGCAUCAUGCACAGACUGGGCCUCCCCUCCCCAGCUCAGGGGGCAGAGGACGUCCCUCUCCUCCAUAGCGGCCCCCCUGGGGUCUGUACAUCCCCAGGGUGACCCUGGCUGUGCUGUUGCUAGGAGAAUCCGGCCAGCUCGCUGCCAAGCAAGGGCCAUAAACCCCCAAGGCCAAAGUCUGCUUACCUCAGGCAGCGACAGCAAUGGGGAGGAAGAGGGUCCCUGCCGGGCCUGCUCGGCCCUAAAAGCCUUGCAGGGCCUCCCGCCAUGCUGGCUGAGGGGACGCAGGGCUGCCCCCCUUACGCCAACUCCAGAGGGGUCUGGAAAGGGCAAGCAGCCAAGACUGGACUCCCACAACCCUCCCUGCAGUGUCCAUGGAGGUUUUGGGCCUAGCCUUCCCUGCAGCUCCUGCCACCACCACCUUCCCGCAGCUGGGAGGGAGGAGCUGGCUAGAGACCCUUGCUGGCCUCCUCUCUGGGGUGGGGGCAGAACUGGCCAGCAUUUCAGACCCAGUUCCUCUGCUGUGAGAACAUUUCAGAGUGGUGGGGGGUUCUCCCAGGCUGCCCCCCACCCAUCGCGGUCUCUGCAGCUGCCACUUUAAGCAAAGACUUUGCUGGGGGCUCAGGGCACAGCACAGCCCGUUUCACUUUUGCACCCAGGUUACAGCGCCUUCCUGAGGCCUUGAUCUAUCCUGGCAGAGCCUUCGCUGCCACAUGCCCAUCCCUCCACUGCCAGGGGAGGAGGGUCUUCCUUGCCACAGGUAGGGCGUGUGAAGGGCAAAUUAGUGAAUUUUCCUGGCUUUGUUGCCCUCCCUCCUUCCAAAAGUCAUCCUCCUCCUCAAGAUGGGAGCGGGGCAGAAGAUGAGUGCUGAUUGAUGACUGGUAGGUACAUCCAUCUGUCCGUACGUCCAGCUCACUUUGGUUUUGUUCCUUUCUGCCUUAAAGGUGAUGGUCAAUCCUCCUGGCUCUCCCUUAUGUCUGCUCCUUCUCAGUGUUCCCAGGACCCAUCAGCCUGCUCCGCUCUGGCCUUUACACCAAUCUGGGGGGGGGGGGUGGCAGGAGAAGCACCGGAAACGCUGAGUUCAUUUGCGGAGGCCAGGAAAAGGCAGUCGAUGGAUGACGGGUGGUGUGCAGGUAGAGAGAGAGAGAGAGAGAGACUGGUAAAGGCUCCCAGGGAGGAGAGACAGGCUGCCUGGAUGUCAGCCCAGCAGGGUGGACAGGAGACAAAAUGGAGUUCAAACUGACGAUUUACUUAAGAUCACUUACCUGGGGUUGCUCUACCAAAGACUCUGCAAAGAAAUCAGACCCAGCUGGAGUUUAGCAUUUAGUGGCUGAGGUGGGAUUGUACCGGAAGGCAAGGAGAACUGUGUUCCUCCUGUAACACACCAACAAUGGUUCCAGUAUGAUAAGGCCUCGCUGGCUCUUCCUGGCAGUCUAAUUGCGUCCGUGGAGAAGUGGAGGGUGCCCAUAUCUGCCAGGCCAAGAGGGUUGAAGCUGUUGAAUUGAAGCUCCUGCUUGCUGAAAAUGGAAGAAAGUACAUACAAGGCCGGAUAUACCUAUAACUUGGAAGGGGAUGAGCCCACCCUGCCAUGGGGUCUGGGAACCUCUUUCCUCUGGUCGUGGGCCAGGCUGGCCCCCAGCCCGCCAAUCUCUCUCUGUUCCACUGGGCUGCCCAUGAGGCAGGCGCCUGGCAGGGCACAAAGUGGCAAAGGGCAAUCUGUGUCCACAAGAGUCAGGAGACCGUCCUUCUGCACCCUGCUUUUUCCACACAGGAGGGACGGCGGCUCCUGCGGCCUGGCCUGACACCCACCACUGGGGAUCGCAGGUGGGCUUUGGGGCAGGGGAACCGGAUUCCCCUUUGCUCACAGUUCCACCAAUUUCGUUACACCAGGCCUGAUGCUCUUGCAAGUCUUCCCUGCAGCUAGUGAGAAGCUGAGCCGGGUGGGGAGGAGGAACAGCUGUGCUGGGCGGGGGCAGAGCUGUCCUUGCUUAGAGGACCCUCUCCCAAAGACCACCAUGCAGAGAGAAGGCAAACUCAACAUAGUAGUUGUACAUUUUUUCACCAGGCGCUCGCUGUCAAGGUUCUGACUGAUGAACCCAACCAAGGCAGCAAAUUGAGAUGAUCAGGUCUCUUUAAGCAUAACUUUGAGUACAUCAUUUUGGCACGCAUGAAGCCGUGGGAAAUGCGGAACCCGAAUGCCAUUUUGUGGAAAAGGCAAAUUCUGGGUUGAGGAUCAUUGUGAGGAAACAUGAAGAUCAAACUGCCAAAGCCACAGUUCAAACUGCAGGUCCCCUGCCUCUCUGGUCUCCUUCCCAGUGGGACAGAUUGAGCAGAGCCCCAGGCAGAAAAGGGGAAAGAUUUUAAAGCCUGUAAAAAAGGCAAGAACUUCUGGGUGCUCUGGAAAGGUAUUGGGGGGUGGGGCAGGAGCCUUGACCUUGUUCACGAUGCCUUUUCACAGCCUGGCCUCCUGCUGGGAGCCCCCCUCCCCUCCUUUCUCCUUUGGGGCCCUCCGUAGCGACUUCCAGGCACAGGUGAGCCAACGGGCAUGUUUCUUCCUUCAAAAAAGGCCUUGUCCAGCCAGGGAUGUUCCAGGCCUGAUUCUGAAUGACGUCACAGAACUUCAUCCCGUAAGGUCCAGUGAUGUCACACUGCGGAAGGCAGCCUGCUCCACAGGGCACGUUGGAGCCAACAGGUGCUGCUCUUCCUUAGCAGAGAGGAUGAUGCGGCUGAUGCAGAGCAGAGCGACCUUGGACACAUGGAGGCAGCUGUGGAGCAAGUCGACAGCUAUGUCCGGGCUCAGGCUUCUGUCUCCUUCCUAUUUUGUGACUGACCAGAAAGUAAAAUAUUCUAGAAAAAUCAAGACGGAAUCAACAUCGUUUGUGGAAAACCUAUUCAAUGGACAGUUGGAGCCUAAAAACCUCCUUCCUUUCCCCUCAGCCUCUCCGUUGCCCUCAGCUCUCUCUCCGGAGCAGGCCCAGGUCUUGCAAGCCAUGGUGGAUCCCUGCGUCCGAUUCUUUGAGGAAGUCAACGACGCAGCUGCCAAUGAAGAGCUGGGCAGCAUCGAAGAGGAGACCGUGGCGGGCCUCAAGUCGAUGGGCUGCUUUGGGCUGCAGGUGCCAGAGGAGCUGGGGGGCAUCGGACUGACCAACACCCAGUACGCUCGCAUGGUGGAAGUGGUUGGGAUGCAUGAUCUCGGCGUGGGCAUCACCCUUGGUGCCCACCAGUCUAUUGGCUUCAAGGGCAUCCUCCUCUUUGGAAACAAGAGCCAAAAGGAAAAAUACCUCCCCAGGCUGGCAUCUGGUGAGGCAUACGCGGCCUUCUGCCUGACCGAACCGUCGAGUGGCUCAGACGCAGCCUCCAUCCAGACAGCGGCUGAGCUCAGCCCCUGCGGGGGCUUCUACACACUCAAUGGGAGCAAGAUCUGGAUCAGCAAUGGGGGCACGGCCGAGGUUUUCACGGUGUUUGCCAAGACUCGCAUCAAGAAUGUAACCACGGGGGAGGAAACGGACAAGAUCUCGGCCUUCAUAGUGGAGCGAGCUUUUGGGGGGGUGAGCAGCGGCCCUCCGGAGCAAAAGAUGGGGAUCCAGUGCUCCAACACGGCCGAGGUGCACUUUGAGGACGUGAAGGUGCCCGCGGAGAACCUGCUGGGGGGGCUUGGCAGAGGCUUCCAGGUGGCCAUGCACAUCCUCAACAAUGGCCGCUUCGGCAUGGCUUCAGCACUGGCCGGCACCAUGCGCAGAGUCCUCCUCAAGGCGGUGGAUCACGCGGCAGACCGGCAGCAGUUUGGAAAAGCAAUCAGCCGCUUUGGGGCCAUUCAGGAGAAACUGGCACACAUGGCCAUGUUGCUCUACGUGACUGAAGCCAUGGCCUACGUGCUGAGUGCUAACAUGGACAUGAAGGUGCCCGACUACAAGCUGGAGGCGGCCAUCAGCAAGAUCUUUGCCUCCGAGGCAGCCUGGACUGUGACUGACGAAAGCAUCCAGAUCCUGGGUGGGAUGGGGUACAUGAAGGAGACGGGCGUGGAGAAAGUCAUGCGCGACUUGAGGAUCUUCCGCAUUUUCGAGGGCACCAACGACAUUCUCCGCUUGUUUGUGGCUCUGUCGGGCAUGGAGUAUGCCGGGCAGACCCUGAGCGGCCUGCGCAAGAACCUUUCCGACCCCCUGCUGCACACGGGAGCCAUCUACAAGGAGGUGGUGAUGCGAGCAAAACGCAAAGUCGGGGUCCCCACUGGCCAGACGCUGCAGGGCCUCGUCCACCCAGAACUGGAAGACUGUGCUGCUCUGGUCACCAGAGCUGUGGAGCUGUUUGGAGAGACCAUCGAGAGUCUGCUCUUGAAGUAUGGCGCAGCAGUGACAGACAAGCAGUUCCACCUGAGGCGCAUUGCAGACGCUGCCAUAGACACCUAUGCCAUGGCUGUGGCUUUAUCCAGCCUCAUCUAUCCCCCCCUUCCAGGGCCAGCCGCACCCUCUCCCUGGGCCAGCCCACUGCUCAGCAUGAGAAGCUUUUGUGCCAGACGUGGUGCCAGCAGGCCUUCCUGCGUGUGCAGGCGUCUCUGCAGGAAGCCAAAUCUGCCAGCUGGGAAGAGGUCUUCACCAGCAUGAAGCUGAUCUCAGAUGCCUUAGUGCAGCACAGAAGCACUGUGGCUUCCCAUCCCCUGGGCUUUUAAAACUAGGGAUUUUGUUUAGCAUGGAACCAAAUAAAUGCUUAUAUUAUCCUUCUACUAAA